ACAAGAAGUAGAGCCAUCUGGUAUACAUCAGAAUUGUUUACCUAAAGAGAAUCAAAUGGAGGAAAAGAAUCAGAAUAGCUCUUUUGCAUAUCCUACAUUUUCGACUUGCUGUGCACACGGUAAAGUUCGUUUACCACGUUUGGUUGAACCUCCUCCUUAUUUGUUGAAUUUGUAUACUUCGUCGAACUCUAAUGCAAUCUCUUUCUGA